UGAAUUGGGUGCGUCACGACUUGUGUCAGAGAAGCAGAGGUGGCUGGUUCCUCUCUUCCCACCGAAGCUCGGACUGAAACCCGGAACUGGUUUUGAGAAGGCCUCUUCCUUAACGAGUAGGGGUGGGGUUGGUUUUCUUCUUUCCGCAGCUAUUCUGAUGCGGCAUGGCGUCUGUCGGCAUGCCUGAUCCGAGCUUCUUGUGGGGAGUCUUCCAAAGGGUUGAUAAAGACCGUAGCGGUAUCAUCUCCGACACCGAGCUCCAACAAGCACUUUCAAACGGAACAUGGACUCCAUUUAAUCCAGCAACUGUAAGAUCUAUUUUAUCUAUGUUUGACAGAGAAAACAAAGGUGGUGUAAACUUCAAUGAAUUCACAGGAGUCUGGAAAUACAUCUCUGACUGGCAGAAUGUUUUUCGCAGAUAUGAUAGAGACAACUCUGGAAUGAUUGACAAACAUGAAUUAAAGCAAGCCCUAACAGGUUUUGGAUACCGGCUGACUGACCAGUUCUACGAUCUCUUGAUUCAAAAAUUUGAUAGGCAAAGAAGAGGGCAAGUGGCUUUUGAUGACUUCAUUCAGUGCUGUGUUGUGCUUCAGAAAUGGACAGAUGUCUUCAGACGCUAUGAUACUGAUCAGGAUGGCUGGAUACAAGUGUCUUAUGAACAGUAUCUUUCUAUGGUUUUCACUGUUGUAUGACAGUAAUUAUUGUGGGUGAUUGAGGAAAAGAACUUUCAUACAGGUAGUUUCGACUUACAACCACAAUUGAGCCAAAAUUUCUGUUGCAAGGCAAGGCAGUUAUUAAGUGUCUUGUUCUCCAUUUUUUACUUCUUUGCAAUCACUGUGGUUAUGAAGUGAAUCUUGCAGCCAUUAAGUGAAUCUGUCCCCUCAUUGACUUUUCUUAUUGGAAGCCAGCUGGGAAGGUUACAAAUGGUCCUCACAUAACCCCAGAAAAAUGCAACUGUCUUAAAUACAUGCAAGUUGCAAAGUGCCAAGUGACCAUGGAGAUGUUGCAAAAAUUGUAAGUUUGAAAAAUGGACGUGUCACUUUUUUCUGUGCAGCUGUAAAUAAGAAUAGUCACUAAACAAAUGGUUGUAGGUCAAAGACCACCUGUACAAGAAAAAUAGAUUACUUUCCUCCAUACAAUACAAUAUAUGUUUAGAAACACAUUGCUUAAAUAUUCUGUUUCUCAUUGCAAAAGGUGCUAUAGCUACCAGAUUCUGCAUUAUAUCAUGUAUAUUUUAUUGUUGGAAGUUAUCUUUAAAUGCCAAAAAGUAGAAUUCUUAUUCAGAUUUGCAUAUUAUUGCAUGUAUCUUUUUAACAUAUAAAAUAGAAAAUAAAUGAAACAUUUAUCCUAUGUCUUCACAAAAGUAAUGACCUUAAAUAUGUUAGAUGUCAAGAUAACUAAUUUGUAUUUUUCUCCCCUUUAGAUUAGGUUUCAUCUGCUUGUAUGAUUUAUCAUUUUUUUAAAAAAGAAAUUAGUGUUAUUCUUUUUCCUGGGAUUUUUUAAUUCUGGGUAAGCAAAGAGAUUUAUUACUAAAGCUGAAUAUUUCUUCUUUUUCUUUAUCUUUUGGUAUAAUAAAAAGAUUUUCUGCCUUUGCUCUCUGGCUUAGAUAUAUAGCUGGAUAUAAAUACAUGCCUGCCGUCAUUAUGUGUAUGAAAUGUUUUAUAACUAAGCAUGUUGCAAUUUUGAAUGAAGUUUUAUCUUCAGUAGUCACUAUGCUUAGGAUGUGGUACUAGCCUAAAUAAAACCAUUCUAUAUGCAUUAAGAUCUACUCUACUCUGGAAUGGUACAUGGCCACAUAAAGACUGCAUGUCUAAUUUACCAUGUCUAAUUUACUAACUGCAUGGAGUUUCUGCAUCAUUCUAUCUUUAGCAUGACAAUCAACUAUUUACUUCCUCUAUCUUAGAUUACAAAACAGAAAAUUUACUGAAACAAAUUUUAUUCUUUUAAAUUUCCUGGAAGAGUAUUAGUCUUGAUUUACAUGGCGAAUUAAAACCUAAAUAGAACAGAUAGCCUCAUUUAAGAUAUACUGAGAUAUAUAUAUAUAUGUUUAAGAAUUCUAAUUGGGACUGGAAACUGUUAAUCAGCUUGAUCAAAAAACCAUUUGACUACACCAAUAGUGACAAGAGUCACUAUCAUUAAUUUAAUAAAUUUAAUUUAAUAAAUGAAAUUAAGUGAAGACUACAUAGGUCAUAAAAUGAGGACCUUAGAACUGCACUUGAUGUCAGUUCCCCACUGACAUUGCUUGUUGGAACCUGACAGGAAAGGUCACAAAUCACAAUCAUAUGAUUGCAGAGAUACUAUGAUGGCUGUAAAUAGGAUCAAUCAUAAUUACCACUUGUUCAGUGCUGUUGUACAUUUGAAUGGUUGCCGAAUGAGUGAUUGUUAAAUGAAGACCACCUGUACAGAAAAAAAUAGUUCACCAAUCUGCUUCCAUUAUGUCUUAACUUAGAAUUUGAGUUGAUCCAUCUUACAUUAAGAGGUUUCAGGCAAUACUAACAAUGUUAAUUCCUAAACAGUCUCUUCUUUCUGCACUGUAUUUGUAAAUUAGGAAAUCAAUUCUGUUCCCAAAUUUUUCUCUUCGAAUUGCUUCUUUAAGAAGAAUUCUUCCAUAUGAAUUCUAUUUUAUUUUCUCUUUGAGCAUGAGAAUAGUCUAAUUCUGAAAACUGAAGGACAUUUAAGAGCAGAAGAUUAAUUCAGUUUAGUGAUUUUCUAGUAAAAUCACCUGUUUGAGUCUAUUUUUGAAAACCUUCAGUGAUGGAACACUUACAACUUCUGGAGGCAAGGUAUUCUAUUAAUUGUUCUCAUUGUCAGAAAAUUUGCAAUUCUAAAUUCUAGAUUAGAUCUUUCUUUAAUAAUCUUCCAUCUGACAUUUCUUCUCUUACAUUCAGAUGCGUUGGAGAUUAUGUCAAUGUCCAUUAUGUUUCUUCCUUUCUGUGACAUCUUCUCAAAUAUUAGAAGUCUGAUAUCAUGUAAUCCCUGGUCCUUCUUUUUGUUAGGCUAGACAUACCUGGUUCCCAUAACUGUUCAUUAUACAAUUUAUCCUUCAGGCCCUUUAUCAUCUUUGUUACUGUUUGUGCUGUCUCUAGUCUCAAUAUCUUUUUAUAUCAUGGUGACUAGAACUGGAAGCUGUAUUCUAAAUGUGCCUUACAAGUGCAGUAUAAAACUACUACCACUUCACGUGAUCUUGAGACAAUCCCACUGUUCAUGCAGUCUUGGAUUGUAUUGUUGUUGUUGUUUUUUGGCAACUGUAGCACUCUGAUGGUUCAUAUUUAUGGUUAUUCUGUUCUCUAGGGCACCCUAGAUCCUUGUCACAGUUAUUGCUAUUGAACCAGGCACCCCCUAUUCUAUACCUGUGCAUAUAUUCUUUGUUGUCUAAGAUCUUAUUUUCCUCCCCACAAUUGCAUUUUGUUAAAUAAGACCCAGCAUUCAAGUCUGUCAAGAUCCUUCUGUCCCUGGGGUCUGUCCUCCAAUCCAUUUAUCUAAAUAAUUUAUGAAGAUGUUGAAGAGUAUUCAGCCUGACAGAAUUUGUGCAUUGACUGAUGAAUGCAUUCUAAUGUAUCUAGGAUAGUAUAUAUAAUAUAAAGCCCAGAAUGACUUGGUGUUCCAAAUCUUAUUCUAUGUAAGAUUCUUGUUUCAACUCAAGAUCACAGAGUUUGAAAGGAAAGCAUCAUUUGUUUUUCACAAGAAAGAGUUAAGCAUUCUUUCUGUUUCAGGAUACAAAUCUUCUCUUUGGCAAAACAUUAUGCAUGAAGUACUUGGUGGAUAAAAUAGUCAAUAAUUUCAUGAGGAAGAAAAAACGUUUACCUU